GUCAAAUUCAACGUAACCAACAACAUUCAUGAAGAGCAUAGUUUAAAUCUUCAAACGUAAAGCCGUUUGAAAUCUCCUUUGUGAAUUUGUCAACAAUCGUCAAAGUUAUUUCAGUUAGUUAUUAACAAUUUAUUAGACCUAAUUUAUAUUUUAAGCUAGUUUAAAAUGACGUCGAUCAAAGAAGACGAAAAGAAAGAAAUCCCUGAAAUCAUACAUGAUCCACAAACAAGCUGCACAUAUCAAAGGUUAAGAUUUUUUGGCAAGGGUGGCUUUGCAAAAUGCUACGAAAUACAGGAUAUGGCAUCCAACCAGAUUUAUGCUGGCAAAAUAGUAUCCAAAAAACUUAUGGUGAAAUCCAGUCAAAAGGAAAAGAUGGCUCAAGAGAUUUCCAUACAUCGUUCGUUGCUACACAAACAUGUUGUUGGGUUCCACAGCUUCUUCGAGGACUCUCUCAAUAUUUACAUUAUACUUGAACUCUGUAAACGACGGUCAAUGAUGGAGCUCCAUAAGCGGCGAAAAGCUAUAACUGAACCAGAAACAAGGUUCUACAUGCACCAGAUUCUCCUUGGUGUGCAGUAUUUACACAGCAAAAGGAUCAUCCACAGGGAUCUGAAGCUUGGCAAUCUAUUUCUUGAUGAUGAUCUUCAUGUUAAGAUUGGUGACUUUGGCCUUGCAGCUAGAAUUGAAUAUGAAGGAGAGAGAAAGCAGACUUUAUGUGGGACUCCAAACUACAUAGCGCCAGAGAUAUUGACGAAAAAGGGCCAUUCCUUUGAAGUGGACAUAUGGAGUCUUGGUUGCAUCAUGUAUACUUUACUGGUUGGCAAACCACCAUUUGAAACAUCCACCUUAAAAGACACAUACAAAAGGAUCAAGCAGUGUGAAUACAGGAUCCCGUCGUCCCUCCGGAAGCCAGCCGCCUCCAUGAUAGUACUGCAGCUGCAGUCGAACCCGGCGCGGCGGCCCUCCGUCGACAAGUUACUGCAGCAUGAGUUCUUCUCGUCUGGUAUACUGCCGGCGGCGCUGCCCCUCUCCUGCCUCACAACUGCGCCGCGUACAGACCAACUGGAGAGCAUGUCACUGAAUCGCCGCCCUCUCAACGAGGUUCAUUCUAAUGAACAAAUGGCAAUGGCGGUAGACUCGCCAGUGAAACGAGACGUGUUGACUGCUGAACCGCGGGCCGUGGAACCGACUUCGCACAGACAGAAUCUCAUCGCACUCCGCGACCAACUUGCCGCUCUGCUUGUUAACAAGUUAAAAUGUCGUCCAGAAUGCCUUACUGACGAACUGAGCGAUCCAGCCGCGCAGCCAUUAGUGUGGGUCGGCAAGUGGGUUGACUAUAGCGACAAGUAUGGCUUUGGAUACCAGCUUUGCGACGAGAGCGUCGGCGUCAUGUUCAAUGAUACCACCAAGCUUAUUAUGUUAGCUAAUGGACUAAAUGUGCACUACAUUAACCGACAAGGACAGGAACAAUAUAUGACAAUGCGAGAAUACCCACAGGAACUUGACAAGAAAAUGAAACUACUCACAUACUUCAGGAGAUACAUGACUGAACAUCUCAUGAAAGCAGGUGCAUCUGUACCAGUGAGAGAGAGUGACGGACUAUCGCGGUUGCCACAUCUCCACCAAUGGUUCAGAACCACACUGGCCGUCAUUAUGUAUCUAACGAAUGGAACAUUACAGAUUAACUUUCAAGAUCAUACAAAAAUUAUCUUGUGUCCAUUGAUGCAAGCUGUCACUUAUAUUGAUAUGGAGAAAAAUUUCCGAACAUUCCGGUUCAGCACGAUUGAAGAGCACGGUUGCGACAAGAAGUUGUACACCAACCUUACCUAUGCACUAGAAAAACUAAACAGCGUACUAGCCAAUAAACUGUGCUAACUUGAAACUAAGUAAUUUAAUUAAAUGAAUUCUUCCUUCAAAGGGUCCAUGUACCCCCGAAGAUAACCAGUGGACCAAUGUUCGAUGGGUUAGAGCCCUAUUGAUUAGGUUACAUAAACGUUUUAUCUACAUUUAUGUCUUUGUUAAAGUAUUAUUGUCACAAAAAUCAAUUUCCGUUGGAUUUUUAUUUUAUUCCUAUAUUUCUUAUUCUAUGUUUGUAUCCACCGGUGCAUUUAUUUAUUUUAAUAAAAAUAUAUUUUCUGAUUUUAAUUUCUCAUGUUUUCCAACUUUACAUUUUAAAUACAAUUUUAAUAAAAGUAAACAAUAUGUAUUACAAUAGUACAAAGUCUCAAGGAUCCACUCGUGCCGUAACAUUAUAAAAUACUAAUGUGUAUUUUGUUCAUUCAGAAAUGAAUUAAGGUAACUUAAAUUUUAGUAAUAAACUUCCAAGCAUAGUCAAAUAGGCACCAUGACUGAGGGCUAGGGUGCAAGUUCACAAUCGUUUGGAGUUUUUUUAUUUAGUUUUAUAACUAUAUUUUUAUAGCUUACUCUUUCCGUGCUUCAGUAACAUCGGAUCUAAAUUAUUUUUACUCCAAUAAAUGACAUGGAUGCAUCAAAUAAACUUAAGUACUUAUAUUUUCUGGCUUAUAACGUUUAGUUAUAAUUCCCAAAUAGAUUUUUAGACCAACAGUAUUAUAAAUUCGAUGGUGUUGAAGCACUUAUUUGUAACUUGAAGUUUCUCAGGGGUUAGUAUCCUCAUGUAACAAUGAAUAUUG